CACAUGACAUCAUGAUGUCACAGUAUUGAAAUUAUAAGUGACAACUAGAAGAAACUGGGCGUGACAGACAAAAAAACAAAAACAAUCAACACAUUUGUAUGCGUAUAUAAAGGAGAGGAAAUAUUUCUUUCGUCAAAAGAAAAAAGCUUAAUUGGAAUACUGAACCAGUGGAUUUUUUCAGUGAAAUAAUUCAGUUUACAUUCGUGUAUUGACAAGCGAAUUCUUUGUGGAUUUUUUAAAAUACCUCCUGUGAAUAGAUAGAUAUAAUACGCACACGGUACUUAACUUGCACUGAAUAAAAAAUAAACAAAUAAUGGAUAAAUUGGAACGACGUAAACUACAGAAAUCAGAAACUGAAAAAUUACGACGUAGACGAAUCAGGGAUCUUCUCAUUCAUCUUCGCUUUAUGCUCAAAUUGGAUGAGAAUGUGUCACGGAUCGAAAUAUUAAGGAAUGCAGUAGACAGACUGAAGACAACACAGUCAACUGGUGUUUAUAACCCUGAAUAUACUUGUGAUAGGUCAAGAAACAUCAAUCAGCAACUUGAAAAAAGAACCCCGAAUAUUCAGUUUCAUCCUCAGGUUGACCAGAUGAAAAUCCCUAGAGCUACUGUGGAACAGUAUCGUCGACAUCUUGAGCGAGUUGAAUACGAUCGCAUACGUUCACUUCUCGGUUGUGAUGAAAAGGUAUCAGAGAUUCGUUUACUGGAUAAGUUAAUUGAAACCAUAGAAGACCAAGAGAAUCAGAAUAGUAAUAGUAAUGAUUUCUGCAAAGACAAAAUAAUCAAAUCAACUAGACUGACAACACUAACAACACAAAAUACUGAAAGAAGAAGGCAAGGCUUAAAACUACUGGAUACAAAUCAACCAACUCGUUCCGUUCAAUAUCCCAAUGUAAAUAAUAAUACUGAUAAUAAUAUGGAUAAAGAAAUCAAUGAAUCACAACAACCAUGUAACAAAUCAAUCGAACCGCCUAGUAGACAUAAUGAAAAUGUUUCUAACAUCAAGAGGUGUUGGCGACCAUGGGAAGAUAAUUAGAUAUAAUUAUUUGACAAGUCGACAACUAAUUAAUUCACUUUACAUCACUUUCAUCCAUCUCAGUCUAUCUGUGAUUUCGUUGUACUAACGUCGUUUUUUUGUUGUUGAUUGUUUGAAAGUUAUUGUACAUACUGCGUGAGUUUGUUAAAUAUAUACUAAAAUUUGAAA